AUGGUGAUGUACUGUUUUGUUUACAACCUGUCAGAUCCCUUGGUGAAGGAAUCACCGCAGUCACCAGCCCAGAAGGAGUUGCCAGAUCCAACUGAUCAACUUUCUGAUGAAGAACAGACUUUGGCUGAUCCUUCUCACGCCAACAGGAUUCCCGAAUCUGCCAGUACAACACCAGCCGAAUUCGAUGAUGCGUUACUUCACAAGAAUAAUAAUGAGCCUCUCAAAAUUAGGGAUUAUUCAAAUUCCGCUGGUGAACCCUCAGAAGCAGAGGGCCUCCAGCAUCAGGUUCAAGUCGCUCUAUCUUCACCGACACUGACAGAGGGUCAAAAUGGCAGUGCCAUAAACGUCGAAGCUUCUUCACGAUCAAAAAAUGCAUCACAAUCAACAAACCUGCGGAGCAUAGCAGACCUUCCUGGCCACCGAGAACAGUCCAAUUCAUCAUCACAACAGCCUCCAAUNAAAAAAAUGCAUCACAAACCUGCGGAGCAUAGCAGAUCUUCCUGGCCACCGAGAAGAAUACUCCUACAGCCAGAAUUAAGUACCAACAGCGGUGCUGCGUCCCUUCUAGGGACGCAGAUUAAUUCAGCCCAUCAGCCUGGAGGGAAUCCGAUGGAUACUGAUGAUACUCAACAGCAAACUGGAUCAGCCAAAUCAAGACACAUACAGCUCCAAAAUGAUGAACAUCCAACCGUUGAGACUAGCGGCUCUCAAGAGACAAAUCUCCCACAGUCCUCUAAUAGUCCACAACAUGGUGCACCUUCUCUACAUCACAUUCCUCCGCUACAACAUCAAGUCCAAGUUCAGCAUAACCAGCCAAUUACACGGCCUCAAGCUGACAAUGACAAUGAAUCUCCAUUCGGAAAUCCUCCCCAACAAAAUCAACCUCGUGCACCUAGUCCACGUCAAGAUCCUCUGCUACAACGUUGGGACCCAAUUCAGAAUAACCAGCCAGCUGGCAACUACAAUGAUCCUGCCUUCCAAGCACAACCGAUGAACUUUGUGCCACAUGGUUAUCUACUACAGCAGCUUGCAGGUGGUGUAAUGAAUGGCCCCGUAUUCCAUCAGCCAGCUGGUGCUCCGAAUCCAUUGUUCAAUGUCCAACAACAGGGGUAUCCACCUCAGCAGUUUGUCGGUGGUAUUGUUAACGGUGUCGGCUAUCAACAACUCCUGGGAGCUCCAUGGAACUUCCAACAACAGNGGUCGGCUAUCAACAACUUCUGGGGGCUCCAUGGAACUUCCAACAACAGCAUAAUCAAGCUCCUGUGGCUGUGA